CAAAUGAGUGUAGUUAGUGAGGGGACUGUGGUAGAAAUGCAGUCACACGAGUGAGUCAUCAGAGAGAGAAAGUCACCACACACACACACACCAUACAUAGACAUAGCCACGCACACCACUAGGUUGUUAGCAAGUAAGUACCUUCCACCCACCCACCACACACACCACAUACACCACACAAGGGCACACCACGCCAGCCACCUAAAUGUGCACUGCACUCAUCACAUCACAUCACAUCACACACACAGAGAGGGAGGGAGAGAUAGCACGGACGCACAGACGGAUGGACGGACGCAUGCACUGAUGAAUCAAUCGGUGAGUGAGUGAGUGAGUGACUUGGCGAGUGAGGAGCGCUUCUUCCUUCCAACCAUUGAUGGAUUGAUUGCUGACUGACUGACUGAUUGAUGGGUCGACCACCCACCAUUCAUUCAUUACCACCUCCCUCCCCAGAUGAACAGAGACUAGGCCACAAUCACGCGCACAUACCCAGUCACACACGGGGGGUGGGAUGGAAGGGGAGGGGCCGGGGGGAGGGAUACAUCCAGCGGACGGACAGAACACUCAUGACACAGUCAUGACAUGCACCCACGGAGUCGCGAUAGACGUCACACAACACAACACAACACACCUCGUUUCAUUGAUUGCGCCAACCCCCCCACCCACACCCACCGACCCACAAACCAACAGGAGAUCGAUCGAAAAUCGAAACUCAUGCACGCUUCUUUGGCGCGUUAUUUCAUGCAGCCAGCCAGCCAGCCAGGCAGGCACAUACACACACACGCAGCCCAACCCUCGACAGACACACGAACCCCCCCUCCCCUCCACUAGCAAAAAUAAAGUGACACACGCAUCCUCCCCCUCCAUACAGUCAUCAUCACGUAAGCAUCACAGGGAAACGACAUAUAGAUAGGGGUGAGAGAGACGGCCGGGGACGUGCUGUGCUGGGAAUGACUAGCUCUUUGCCGUGGCGACUGUCGUAUCGGGUAGAGUCGAGUAGGUGUUCUGUGUUGCGUCGGUUGCGGCCAAACAGGGCCUCACUGCACUGACUGCCGGUCCGCCGGCCAGUAUAAUAAUAAAACUAAAGCGUGCGUGGGACACAUCCCUCCCUCCCUCCCUCCCGCCCGCCCUGCGUGUGUUAAAACCAUGUGGCUGCGGGGUGACCUCGCCCGACUCAACACAGACAGAUCAUUGAAUGUGAUAGACACAGGACCGCCCCGCCCCGCACCCGUGCAGACACGCAAACGAAGGGAGAUAGGUAGCGCUACAGAUGGAUGGAUGUCCGAUGGAUUUGCCGAUCAAGGCACGGGAGGCAGGCAGGGAUGCAGGUGAGUAGGCUGAAAAAGAGGAGGAAAGAGAUAGAUACGUCCCUACCUGAGGUGAGCCACUGACACGCACACAGGGAUGGAUGCAUCCACAACACACCACACCACACCACAACACAGCCUCCCUCCGUCCCUCCCAGCCCCCAGCCACACAAGCAGCCCUAAAUGGUCUGUCGGCUGCAGGCAGGCAAUGUGUAAGUAAGUGCGUGUAUGUGUGUAUGUGUGUUAUGGUCGGGACGAAGAAAACAUCCAGCUGCUGCGAGUGAGAUGGACGACCGACAAGGCAAACAAACAUCAUAAAAACCAAAAGCCCUUUCUUUCCUCUUCGUGGUGUCUGACUGUCUGUCUGUCUAUCGAGGGUCACAAAAAUGGUGGCGUCGCGUCGCGUCAACCGUACCGGUAUGAAAACAUAAAUAGGCCACAAACCAACCAACCACACACACACUCAGAUCCAUCCAUUAUGCAGCCAGCCAGCCACAGCCAUCCAUCCGGCCACCCAUCAAGACAAACAAUCCUCAAAGUAAAAAAAUACGUCUUGUCCAUCCCCUGCCUGUCUGUCUGUCUUGUUUCUCCUUACUUGACAUUUCCCAUUCACUCACUCACGAAUAAAUGGUCUCAUCUCACCUCACCCCCUCCCUCCCUCCCUCCCCCUUAAUAAAUACUGUUUAGACACGCACCGCAGCAGCCAGACACACAAGGACACACCAGCCAGCCAGCCAGCCAGCCAACUGUCCGUCAACCGCUCACAGAUCGACUCCUGUUCGUUUGUAUGCAGGUGUGUACGCAUCCGGGGUGCCAUUCAUUGGUCCAUUCGAUCAUUCAUUCAUAAUACAAACCUUCUGCGGCUGGACGCAGUCCCCCCAACAAACAAGACACACCGACACACAACGACGUCCGACACACCACACCCAUCCGCCCGCGUACACACACCGUACAAACCACAAGCCCGCAAAGUGAGGGGCAGAAAAGCCAUAAAAGACCCAACAGGGCGGAGGCAGGCAGGCAGGCAGGUCAAGAGAGGUACUUACUGUGCAGGCAGGCCAAGUGAGCCGAGUGUCCCCCUCUGAUCAAAUUAUGGGGGCCUGCGGGACUCGCUCGUUGGUUGAUAGACACAGGUGCACAGACAGGCAAGACACGCAGGCAGGCAGGCAGGCAGACAGGUCAGAAAGGAGUAGACGAGAGAAAAGGCGAGGAAAGAAAAAGAAACCCCUAAACCCCCAUGACAACUACCCCACCCCGCCCCGCCCCGCCCGACCAACCCAUAGCGACACGAAAAGACACAUCCGACCAGCCAGCCAGCCGACCGACCGACCGACCAAUCACGGCACGAAUGCAUCCUCAUGACAUGUAUGUAUGUAUGUGUGUAUGCUUGUACGUAUGUGUUGAUGGGAGUCGUGAUGUGGCCGGCCCUGGCCAGCUGACAUGACAAACAGUCGGUCCCGAAUCUAGCGGGCUGCCGUCCGCCCUCAAUGGCAUGGUGUAUGUGUGUGUGUGUGUGUCUGUGUGUGUGAUAGCUGUCUGGCUGUCUCCAUCUCAACAGCCGCGAGCAGCUUAGCUGACCUGUGUGUGUGUCAUCGCCAUCAAAAACUGCCAAUGUGACUACCCAACCACCACCCACCGAGCCCACUGACCUACCGGCCUCUCUCUCCCCUCCCCCCCACUCACUCACAGAAAGCGUCAAACCCUCCAUCCAUCCCUUUCUUGCUUUCCCCACUAUGCACGCAUUUAGUUGCAUCCCAUUCACCCACAGUCAACCAUAUCGUCCCCACACAGCACCAAUAAACGUCAAGAGUCCAAUGAAUCAAUCAAACACCAGCAGACAAACAAACACGAUGGACAGACAGACAGACGAAUAGGACAAAAGACCAAAGACAGACAGGCGUUACAAAACAUGACCCGCCCCUGGGCUGGUCUAUGGUAUGGACGCAGGUAGGGAGGUAGGUAGGCAGGUAUCUUACGAAGGAACACAGCACACCACGACACGGCUUAACACAUAGAGGGAGGGAUACAUGGAUGGAUGAUGCGCGGAGGGGGGAGAGAGAGGGAGGGAAGGCGCAGAAGGGAGGGGACGGAGAAGGGCACUGUUCCGUUGGUUCUCUUGCUUCGCUCCCCGUCCCUCCCUUCCGUGGCCAUCAUCGCAUCGUCUAUCCAUCUAUCAUAUCACGUGUGUAAGUAUGUAUGUAUGUCUGUAUUGUAUGGUAUGCAUAUAUAUUGAUUUAUGUAUCCAUCCAUCAAUCCAUUCAUCCAUCCAUCCGUCCAUGAAGGGAGGGAUUAUUCCAUAUAAAAUCAUAAAUGUGGACGAGACACCUCACACACGCGCCGGCCCGGCCCGGCCCAGCACGGCCCCUCGCGUGUGUCAGGUGGUCCUCCGGACGUCCGCACGCCAUCCGUCACCACCACACGUCUUCAUGAAGCAUGGACCGUACAACACACAACACACAGCACACAGCACACAUGACAGCGGGCAGGGCAGGGAGGGGAAAGGACAAACCAGGGGUACUUAUGAGUUAGCUGAGUCUGUAAAAACAGCGCCACCCACGCACAUCAAUCACAUCAUGCUCGUUGCUGUCUCUGUCUGGCAGCUCAAAUGUUGGCAUCUACGUAUGUAGGUAAAGCUUGACAUGACAUAUGAACUCACGCACUCACUCACUCACUCAUCGAUCCAUCCACUGAUUGACGUCGCCACCGAGAAUGACCACUAGCACACCACAGGCGGAGUCAGUAUCGUAUGCAGGUAUGCAAGUGUGAAAAUGCAUGUAUGUUUGUGUGCAUUGUAUGCAGGGGGGGCAAAGAGGGCAAAAUCGCCCACCCAUCCUCAUUCAUUCAUUCAUUCAUUACUCAUUCCAUCCCUGCCUGACGUCCUCAAAAACAUCAAUCAGCUGGUGGAUGGAUGGAUGGAUGGACCUCGUGCUGUGUCUGUAGUGGCGUGUGGUGGGAUGCGAUGUGCGCCCUCACUGCGAAUUGCAUUACCUGCAGCUGGCACUGCCCAAAUCCCCCCCGCCCCCUCCUGUCUGUCUGUCUGUCUGUCUGUAUGCAAUCCAAUCCACGAAUGCACACCAAGGCGACAACGAAUCGUGUGCACCACUCGGCACAAACAAUGCCCUCCCCUCCGGGCACGUUAUAAAGAGCAUCACACACACACGCACACACACACACAACAAAGAAACCGAAAUUGGCUGGCUGGCAUGCUUCCUUUGCUUCACGGUUGAAACAACUGACAGGCAGGCAGGCAGGCAGGGGAGGGAAAGAGGCAGGACAGGGCAGCAGGAGGCAAGACAUACAGUAACUGACUGACAAUCAAGGCAGCCUGGCAGCAGGCUGGUGGGCGGCGAGCGACAAGGCACCUUUCUCACACAUUAUACACUCAUCCAGAGGCUGGUUGCACUUCGCUGGCCCUUCCCUCAUCUCUCCUUCCUGUCGCUAUAUGCGCCUGCCGGUCGUCGGCUGCUGAUGCUGCAGUCCCCUGAAGGGCGUCAUUUCGUGUCGGUUGAGGACGUUCAUGUGGUCUGGCGGGUGGGUGAGGCCAUCCUCCUCGGCCACCUCCUCGUACCCACACGCGUCGUCGCUCUUAAACACCACCGAGUCUGUGUUAUUGUGGUCCAGGCCUAUGAUCGGCUGCACGUUGGCCAGGAAGUCCGUCAGGAACCGGUCGUUGCUGGCGUCCCACUCGUCGCUCUCGCGUGCAGACGGCAGCGGCACCGGGUGGGCUGAGGAGAAGAAGGACGAGCCCGAGAGAAUAAGGGACGCAUCCGACUGGGUACCCAGGGCCAUCGACUGGGACAAGACGGACGGCGUGGGCGCCUGAGUGGAGAAGUUGGACGAGGGGGACUGGCCGGCAACGACACUCAUGCUGUCCGACAUGUGCUCGCACGACAUCCCCGGGGGCUGCGACGUGCUCCUCUUGCUCGACGACCGCAGCAUCUGGUGGACAAGCUUGCCCGACCCCACUGCGGAUGUCGUGGCAUCCUCGCGAUGGUUGCUGCCGUCAAUGGCCAGGAACGACAGGGGGAAGCAGCACGACGCCGGCGGAGGGGAGGAGCCAUGCGUCCCGCCCUCCCUGACGUACGAGUGGCUUCUCGAUGGCUCAUCCUGUCGUGCGUCCUCGAUGCCCUGCUCUGGCGUGUCGUCUGUAGACCGCGGCUGACGCGAUCGCCUCUCGAGGAAAGGCGGGAAGGGCGGGGGAGGCGGCGGAGGGACAGACGACGAUGAGUGCUCAUCAUGCGCCAUCACAUCCCUCUGCUGCUGCUGCUGCUGCUGCGCUGGUGCCUCCUUGCACUCUCGGUGCUGGGUGGGCGGCGAGCGUGUAGGUGGCGGGGGAGGCGGCAAGUACGGCACGUGCACCUCCCCUCCGAGAUGGUCGCUGCGAGAGCCCCGGCCGCUCGAUGAAGCCUCGUCGCGGACACUGCUUGCUGACCACUCGGCCUCGUACACAGCCGGCAGCCUGCACACACACGCACCAAGCCGACAUCUCUCCUUGGCUGCCCCUUUCCAUGUGUGAAUCGUGCGUCCUCACGAUAGAUGCGAUCCGAAUCGUUGAUGUCCCGGGCUCUCUUGCUCCACCGAUCGGCCUCUGGUGGACAUCGACUGGGUGUCCGACGGCGAGAAGGCGCGCGGACGACCGGUGUCCGCCCCGAAGUAGGUGUCGGGGAUGCUCGCCGUAGACCUGGAAGUGGUCAGCGUCCGGUCGCCCACCGAGAAGAGAGUGGUGCUGGUGAGAGUCCGAGAAGACUGCGGGAUAAACGGCGGGGCGGGGCGGCUGGUGGAGUCAUGGGACGUGUGCAGCCAGGUGUCAUCCUCUGCCGUGAAGCUUCGAGUGAGCUGUUUCCGUCUCCUGGGCUCUCCAAUGCCAUGCGCGCCGUCCGAGUCGCCCGACAGAAGCUUGCUGUCCAUGUGCAGCGCUCGCAUGAGUGCGAUCGGCACCUGCUCAUGCGGCGGUUUGUGGCUUGGUGGCAUCGGGGGUGGCUUCUCGGUCGACGACAGUGAAGAGGAUGAGGCGAUUGACCCACCGCCGUGCGUCAUGGGCUGGCUCGGCCUCCGAGUCGAGAUGCUCCGCUCCUCCCGCCGCAGAUAGUCCGACACCUGCCUCUUCUCGACGAGUGGCAGGCUGCUGGCGUGCCCCUCAGGCGUGUCAGGCGGGGGCGGGGGCGGUGGAGUGGGCGUCGGGGCGGGUGUUGACGGGGUCAGGUCGUCGUGAUACGAUGGGGGUGGACUGCGGGGCGUCAGACCGCUCGGCCGCACCGGGUAGACGGACAGUAAUGGUGGCGGUGGCUGGCGAGAUUGACCUCUGCCGACAGACGAUGACCUCCUCUCCCUGGCGUGCGAGUCGAAGUUGAGGCUGUUGGGGACGACGGGCACCUUGACCAUCUCCAUCGGGGGCAUCGCCAGCACACCCUCACCCUCCUCAGCCUCUGCUGACGGAGGGAGGGGCUGCUGCUGAUGCUCGCGCGCAAGGGCUGUCGUCCUGGCGUAGUCUUCGCUGGAGUCGAGAAGGUCUCCGCGGUGGUAGUGUGUCUGGGGUGUGGGCAGCCGUCCCCUGUAGGGACCGGACCGCUCGCGACCGAUGGGAGGGAAACCGGGAGGGGGCGGCGGAGGCGUCAGGGCCCUAGGUGGAGCACCAACAAACCAUGCAUCGCAUCGCUUCAAACCCGCUGUUCGGUUCCAUCUGUGUGCGUGCCUGGCCUUACGGUGGUGUCGAGAAGGGCAGUGUCGGAUUGGCCAGUCGUCUAAGAGCCGACGGCUCGAGAGUCGACGGGGUCGAUGAGGUGGGGGGUGGGGGCGGUGGCGGUGGAGGAGGUGGUGGCUGCUCGUGCAUCGGUGCACCAUAAUGCCUCCGCUCGGCGCCCAUGCUGCCUCCUCUUCCCCGCCCUUGUCGCCUGAGCAUCAGCUGCUGCAGCCCGGUGCCGGAUGGUGCAGUGUAUGGCUUGACGGGUGACUCCAGCUCAUGCAUGCGGCCCUCCUCCCGACCGCCCCUCAUGUGGCGUCCCAUGGCCUCCAGGAUCUCAGACACACGAUAGCGGCCACUCGAUGGCGAGAGGGGAGGGUGUACGGGGGUCGGCUCGGGGGGCCUCGCGCUGCCGGGAAUGGAUGGUGGCGGGGGCACGUGUGCUGGCGGCAUUUCCGGGGGUGGGGGUGGUGGCACCGAUGACGGAGGGGCGGGCUGAGACGGCGUGCACGGCGGGAUCAGCUUGUGCUCAAAACCCUUUGGCAUCGACUGGUGCUGAGGACAAACACACAGCGCGAAAGGGGCGAGUUGGUUGUUUGAUAUGCCUUCGUCAGUCUGUGCGUUCCUGUCCACCUGAUACUGCAUAGCGAUUUCGGCCUUGACGAUGGCAAGUGCCUUCGCUGCCAGCCUGCAGACACUCAGACAGACAGACAGACAGACAGACAGGCAGACGCAUUGGCUGCUUUGCCGGGCUGUGUGCAUUUCGUCCUUCGUAGCGUACCGUUUUUUCUUCGACACGCGAUUGCGCUUCUUGGGUGGGUGAGGAAAGUGACCUGACAGCCACCCAACCAACGGACGGACAUGCGCAGAGGACGGGGUGCUAGGCCGGUUUUAUCUUUGUGAGGCGCUUACAGAAGAGACAUCUGUAGCCGUUCUGGCAUCCCUUGGUGUGCGCAAACACACACGGCUUGCACUGACCUGAUUGAUUCAUCCAUCCAGGAAAAGGCACUCGAGCAACGGUGAAUGACUGACCUCGAGUGUGCGUACCGUACCUUGGCUGUGUAGUAGUGACCCGACGCUGAGAAGGUUGCCGUGAGAGUCACGGGGGAUGUAGGCCAAAACCUCAGCUGGGAUUAUCUGCAUCCAUGUCAAACACAGAGGAAGCGAGUCAACAAUCCGCUGUCUUGAGUGGCUCAAUGAGUGAAUGAGUGAGUGAGUGAAUGAUUGAGUGACUCACUUUGAGUGCGUUCUUUUCUUCAUCAAUCCACGCCUCGACGUCCGCGUCCAAACUCGUCAACGUCGUACUCUAGAGGCAUAACAGGCAGUGGAUGGCUUCAUUGCUUGUUGCUUCCUUGUUUGCUCCUCUCACCUCUUCCGAUCCGUCUUUCCAUAUGAAGUCGAGUGCCUUCAAAACCUUCGGAUCGCGAGCACCGCCAGCCGCAGAGCCCUUGAGUAUCCUGCUCAGUGUCUUCUCCAACGAUCGAACCUUGUGCACACAACACAAACACAACAGAACACAUGUACAUAUACAUAUACACACACAGAUCGAUCGCGCGUACGCACCUGUUCGACACCGUCUCCCUCGUCACGUUCCUCGUCGUCCUCUUCGUCGUGAUCGCCCUCGCUGGCCGCCUCAUCGUCAAGGACACCGUGGGUAGGCGACUCCCGAUGACCCAGCGACGGGUGCGGCUGGAUGUACGAGGACGGCGGAGGUGACAUGGGAGGAGGGGGCGGGGGACGAACGCCUACUGCACACACAAGCAGCGACACCGACAGGGAAGCAAUACAUUUAAUGACACAAGCAAGGCAGACAGGCAGUCAGUUCUGUCUUUCGUUAUUCUCUCUGACUUGUGUUCAUCAGUGGAGUGACAGUGGGAAGUACCUGCUUUUGGCGUGACGUCUGCCGCCCGGUACGCCUGUGCCGCCCUGUGCCCGCCCGGCCACUCCGUCGGCCGCGUAGCACUGGCAGCGCCUUCGCCAUAAGGUGGCGGGGGCGGCCUGGUCCGUUCCCAAGGAAUCUCCUGCUGCGUGUAGUCGGCACGAAAGGCAGCUCGCUCGGACGUCGACAAGACGAACGGAGAGAUAAUGCCCCGCCCACUGUGCUGCCGGCUGCGGGCUGCUGCUGACGGCACCUCGCCUAAGCGGAUGGUCUGACGCGAUGCCUGCUCGUCGCGAGCACUGCUGGAGGGAGGGGAGGGAGGGGGCAGCUCCUGCUGGUGAGGUUGCAUAGCCGACAAUCACCGCGAAGGCCGCUCAAUGCCCGAUGCCCGAUGGCAGGAUCUGGACGCCAGGACGCCAGCGUCAGGGGCAGCCGGCGCGCGACGAGAGCGUGCACCCCAGCUGCUGUGGCGAGUCCAACUUCUUGUGCUUCUGCCGUCUCUCCAUCGCUGCGUGAGGGACGGACUGGUGAUCGUCAAAUUUGCGUUCGUUCUCGAAUCUCCCCCUCAAAAUCCUCAGGAACCAGAAGGGCUACCACUCACUGGCCGUCGGCAGACACGCCGGCCCUCCCACUGCC